AUGGCUGACACUACAGACCGCAACGCCCAGGCCUUCACUUUUCUGAAUUACAACACCCCUAGUCAUAGUGCUUCGCAUAGACGAGCUGUCAAAUCCCACAUCUCGAGCAAGUACAGAACUGCCGUCCGACAGCAGGCUGAGCCUCGCUAUGCAUUGCCUCAACGUCUUGCGUUUGAAACGUUACCGGCCGAUGUUGUAGAUCACCGCACUACAGCGCCUGUUCGGAAAAGAAAAAGGUCUUCACCAGAGUCUCAGCAGAUCGGCUUGAGGAAACUGGCUCAACCGCCCAUCCUAUCGCCCAUAACGACGAUCUCUGCAGGCUUUCGGACAGAUCCUUUUGAUUCUCUGCCUGGCGAACGAACGCCCUGCGUGACCCGCGCCUUAGAUUACUAUGUCAAUGUACUUUCACCGCUCCAAGAGCCACUGCGACUAACACUCAAUAUGGUCAAUCCUCUAAUGACGUUGAUUUUCCCACUGAUCGUCUCCAAUCAGAGUACUUACCAUGGAGCGGUGGCUUUGUCACAAGCUUACUUGGAAAAGAACUACUCCCCAACAUCACGGCCGUCGCCAGAGGUGGACUUCCACAGGCAAAAAGCCGUAGCCUUGCUACGUGAUCAGCUCAAUAGCCUUGAUGGGCCCCCGGACAAUGGUGCGCUUGUCACCGUCUUAGCUCUCGCGAGUCUCGAUGUCGUCUAUCAAGAGGACACAAUGACCAAUCGAAAGGGCGUGGCGCUCCUUGUCGCCUUGAAGGGCGGGUUGGACAACUUAGGCUCCCGAGGCUUGAUGAAGUCGUAUCUCGUGAAUUUCGAUUUCUUCUGGAUGCUGGAAACAGGCGACAAGAGUAUCUUCCCGUUGUCGAAACGAAAACAACUUCGAGAAUAUCCGCAGCUUCCAUUCAACCCUAACACUCUCUCCUUGGUGUCCACGCUCCCACCUGGCUUUUCUGCCGUGGCUCGGCAAGGCAGUCUUGGGAUAGAUGUCUUGCAAAUCCUAUCUAGAGUCUCGAGGCCCGGAUCAGCUGCUGGAAGUGAUGCUAGCGCUGACGGCCAUGACUCUCCCGACAUUUUUGACGCCUGUUCUUGCCUCCACGCCUCAUCGAGCACUGAACAUAGUUUGGAGAAAAACCUAUGCCUUGCCCUGAUUCUGUUCAGUUUCAAUAUCCAUAACCCCACAGCCAGACUGGCGAAAAUCACUGCGUACAGGGGGUCGAGGAAGGAGUUGACCAGAUCGCUUCCCUUUACACGACACCGCAACACGGACGAGCGUAACUGCUUGAUUUGGAUCUGGAUUGUCCUUUUUGGCUCGUGGGGCCUCGACUCCAAUUUCGGUCACAACACUUUCGAGCUAGCGCGAUCCUUUUUCGAAAACUUUGAGGAAGCCGCACGCUGGGAGGAGGUGGAAUCAAUAAUGCGUCAGUUCUUUUGGCACGAGGCACUGGCACGAAGAUGGUAUGACAGCUGGCAAGAAGCACUGGGUAAUUUCCAAUGUGGUGCGAGGGCGAACACGUCACGAUUGCCGUCGCUGCGGCCCAGUCCUCAUGGCCUGCAUGGUCGAUAUUCAAUACCUGUGCGAAGUCCUUUCAUCGACGACAUGAAACAAAGUCGGAGGCGGACGCCCGCGCCGGCAUUGACGGCCCUUCGCACGCCGUUCCAAGGCGAUGAGGAGGAAGAGCACGGCGCGCUCGUUCUCCCACCCAUGUUGACUUUGGAUACUUAUUACGGGCAGGUGAAGUGA